CUGGCUUCCGCUAUCCCCUCUCCAUCCAAGCACCCGGGAGCCAUGGAGGUGGCUGAGGCCAACAGCCCCACUGAGGAGGAGGAAGAAGAGGAGGAGGAGGAAGGGGAGGAGCCGACACCCGAGCCCAGGCCUCAUACUCGCUCCAACCCUGAGGGGGCCGAGGACCGGGCUCUGGGAGCCCAGACCAACGUGGGCAGCCGCAGUGAGGGCGAGGGUGAGGCGGCCAGUGCAGAUGAUGGAGCAGCCAGUGUCCCAGGAGCCGGGCCCAAGCCCUGGCAGGUACCAGCACCAGCACCUGAGGUCCAGAUUCGAACACCACGGGUCAACUGUCCAGAGAAGGUGAUCAUCUGUUUGGAUCUUUCAGAGGAGAUGUCUGUGCCAAAGCUGGAGUCCUUUCAUGGCUCCCGGACAAACGCCCUGAACGUGUCUCAGAAGAUGGUGGAGAUGUUCGUGCGCACGAAGCACAAGAUUGACAAGAGCCACGAGUUUGCACUGGUCGUGGUGAAUGACGACCCUACUUGGCUGUCUGGACUGACCUCUGACCCCCGCGAGCUCUGCAGCUGCCUGUACGACCUGGAGACGGCAUCCUGCUCCACGUUCAAUCUAGACGGUCUCUUCAGUCUCAUCCAGCAGAAGACUGAGCUGCCAGUCACAGAGAAUGUGCAAACCACCCCCCCCUCCCCCUACGUCGUGCGCACCAUCCUGGUCUACAGCCGCCCUCCCUGCCAGCCCCAGUUCUCCCUGACUGAGCCCAUGAAGAAGAUGCUCCAGUGUCCCUACUUCUUCUUCGACAUCGUCUGCAUCCACAAUGGCACCGAGGAGAAGGAAGACAAGAGGAGGUGGAAGGAUGUAUUCUCCUUCAUGGGCAGCCUGGACACCAAGGGCACCAGCUACAAGUAUGAGGUGGCACUGGCUGGGCCGGCCCUCGAGCUACACAAUUGCAUGGCCAAGCUGCUGGCCCAUCCACUUCAGAGGCCUUGCCAGACCCAUGCGAGCUAUAGCCUGCUGGAGGAUGAGGAGGCUGGUGAGGGCGAAGCCACCGUGUGACCCGUGGCAUUUCUGCACCGUUCAGGAGCCCGGUGCACCCACACCCACUCCUACUGUGUCUGCUGUAAAUUCUUCCUGGGACCAGUUUGUCACCAGAAUAAAAAUCU